AUGGCCAACAAUGUCGAAAUAAUUCCAUUUGCGAGCCAAGAAAAUGAAAGGGAUGGCGCACACAAUUGUCACGAGCAAACAUCCAGUUUUUGCCCUCCUCCGAACAAGAGAGACGAACAAGCUACCACGAGCAAUACAAUGCGUCUUUGCAAAAUCAUUGUAGCAAGACCGAAAUUUGCAUUUGGAGUUGCUCUCUCUGUGCAUGUGGUUUUGCUGCUUCUUACAGGUGGCUUACUAAUUUCUGGAUAUGACAUACUACCUGUAAAUUUUGGUGAACUACCGUUAGACUUACCUAAAGAUCCGACAAAAUUGCGUGAUGCUUGGAUAUAUGCAACAGAAAAUGAAGAAAUUAGUUCGUUGAGCACUGAUCAACUUGCUAGGGGAAACGAGCACAUACCAAUCAACUUAUUCUAUGGUGCUGAAAAUGUAUUCACUCAAAAAAAUUUGCAAAUCAUUAAGGACUUUGAAGAUAUUUUGUUUGCAAACUCAGAUUAUCAGAAUGAAUUCUGCUUACUCCAAGGCACUGGUACUAUGGAUCGAAGAUGUGCAAAACCAUUGUCUAUUUUGAGGUUCUUUGAUGGCACUUAUUCUGCUAUUGAUGCAACAUUCUAUGAUCCUAACUUUGAAAAUAUUCCUAAGGUUCUCUAUGCUGAUAAUGAACAGAAAAGCAGUGCCAUUCUCAACUUUCACUUGGCUAAAGAUUCCAGAAUCUCAGCUACCGAGGCAAUUUCAUCAUAUACAAGGACCUUGUUACCUGUAGGUUUACCUCUUAAGGGUUACCAUAGCAGCAAUGACCGUAAACAAGAACAAAAACAUAAACUGGAUGAAAUGAUUGUGAACACAUUUCGUACAAAAUUUGAGCAAAGUUAUGAUCAUGGUAUUAAAGGUAUUAACUUUAUUUACUUCCACCGGUCUUUAUUUACUGCAGCUCUUCAAAGCCAAAUCAUUUAUGACAUGAUGCUAGCUGUUGCCAGUCUUUGUUUCAUCUUUAUAUUUUGCUGGUUUCAAACUGGUUCAUUAUGGAUUACAUUCUGGGGCAUUUUCAGCAUAUUUUCAAGUUUUAACAUCACCAAUCUGCUGUACAGAAUCAUCCUGGAUUUCAGAUAUUUUGGAAUUUUCCAUGUCAUGUCCGUUUUCAUAAUUUUGGGUAUUGGCUCAGAUGAUAUCUUUGUAUUCCUGGACACUUGGAAGCAAAGCUACUAUCUCAAAUAUGAAAGCUGUGCUCAUCGACUAUCAGAUGUUUAUCGGAAGUCUGCAAAGACCAUGUUUGUGACAACUAUAACUACAGUUGUUGCAUUUCUUUCCAAUGCUCCUUCACCAUUGUUGUCCAUAUCAUCAUUUGGAAUUUUUUCUGCAUUAUUAGUAUUUGUGAACUACCUGUCAACAAUUUUAUUUUUUCCGACCGUUCUUGUUUAUCAUCAUUUUGAACGCAGUGGUUAUUGCUGCUGUUUUGCUUUCAAAUGUCUGCAGUCGUCAGAGAGCGAUGAGAAUGAGUCCGACAACGAUCAACGCUUAUUCCCAACAAAAAGAAAGAGCGUAUUGGAUAGUGUAAUAUGGUUUUUUCAUGGCUGGUUCUUCGAAAAGAUUGUGACUCAAAAAUACGUUCGCUGGUUAAUUCUUAUUGUAUUUGGUGUAACUAUUACCACGGCUGUUGUGUUUGCUACCAAACUCGUGCCAGCUAAAGAGCAGACAAAGGUGUGGCGCAGUGAUACAAACUGGGCAAAGUAUAAUGUUUUGAACAAUAACGUUUUCAGAAGUAGUCAAGAGGAUUAUGUCGUUGUCGUUAAUAUAAUUUGGGGAUUGAAAGAACAAGAUCGAAGUGAAUGUCAUCACACGGAUUUCAAAUGCAAAGGAAAUACUGUUUUUGAUCAAAGUUUUGAUAUUAAUCCACCUCCUUGUCAGAUAUCAAUGCUUAAUUUAUGUAAAAGUUUGAAACACGCGACGUCCGAAGAUGCACGCAAAUUGAGGUUGAGGAGAAAUGAUGUAACUGGUGAAUAUGAAAUCAUUUGCGUCUUCGAAAGGAUGAAUGAAUAUUUGAAGGAAGAAGCAAAGAAAAGGAAAUAUCCCAAUAAUUCCGACUUCUCCUUUGUUGUGAAUGCGAACAAAAUGCAUACAUUGAUGGAAAAUAACAAAGAUCUUUACAAUGUUUCCCUCUUUUCCGAUUCCUACUUCCGUUACUUCGAAGUCGGCUUAGGUUAUUUUAUCACUGAUGGUGGAUCACGUGACUAUUCAAACUCGUUUGACUUUAAGAAGUAUCACAGUUUCUUGGGAACUGCUCAUUUUCCGACUUUAUCAAGAAACGCUUCUAGAAAUGCGUAUCUGCAAGGUAAAAUGCACGACUAUCGCUUGAUGUAUGUAUCAAUUGCUGUAAAUACGACUCUAAGCGUGUCUUCACUCGGCUACCAAGAAGGCUUGCCCAUAUAUAGGAAUUGGGAAAACUUUGUUUCAACGAAGAUGAAAGAUUUUCCAUCUUCUUGCAAAAAUGCUUUCCAAGCAACUGUCUAUCAAGACUUUAAUGUUUGGCAUUGGGUCAAGGUGCAAGAGAUUCUCGUCUUGAAUGCAUUAACUGGAAUAAUCAUCGGGAUAACUCUAUCUCUUGUCAUCUUGGUUUUAAUGACAACAAAUGUCUACAUUGGAUUCAUAGCAGCAUUAACCAUGGCCAUGAUUACAACUUCAGUACUUGGUGUUAUAAGCAUGAUUGGUUGGACGCUUGGACCUUUGGAAUCUUUAAAUCUUACAUUGGUUGUGGGCUUGGCUGUUGAUUAUGUGGUGCAUUUGGCUGAGGGUUAUAUUCAAGCAGUCGAAAGAACGAGAACGAAUAAAGUGCGCUAUGCGUUAUCGCACGUUGGAGUUUCGGUAUUAUCUGGCGCUUGCUCGACUCUUGGUGCAUCGAUUUUCAUGUUAGCGGCUAAAAUUUUAUUCUUCGUGCAAUUUGGAAUUUUCAUAUUUGCCACAAUAGGAUUCUCUAUUCUCUAUUCGCUUUUCCUUUUUCCUACUGUGAUGGCUUGGAUUGGACCCGAGGGUAAAACUGGAUCCCUUUUGCCUUUAUGGAAAAGUCUGAAAGAGGUUUUCCGUGGUCAAACCAACAAACACACGGAUUGCGUAUAUUGUGAUGGUAAGGGGUUCUAUACAAAAGGAACAUGCGAUGGGUUUUCUGGCAAAGAAACCCGUGAUCUUUAAAAGGUGUUAAAUGGAAUUCGUAGAAAACAAUUUAACAUUUACGUCAAUAAUAUUUAUAUUUAUAAAUGUUCUGAUGAUCUACAACAGGGG